AUGGCAUCCAGGAAACAAGGGUCUGCCCCAAGGGCAUUAGUUGUGGAGGAUAUCAAAGUUGAUUGUGUGAUCCUCAUGCACAUGUUGCACAAACUUAAUAGCGAGGCUACAGCUGUUGAGAAUGGGAAAGAAGCUGUUGACCUUUUCCUUGAAGGGAAAACAUUCGACAUUGUUUUCUCAGAUAAGGAUAUGCCCAUAAUGUCGGGCCCUGAGGCUGUGGCCAAGAUCCGUGCCAUGGGAGCUACUGUGGUGAAGAUUGUUGGGUUCUCAGCAGAUUUUGGUGGCCGGGAGGCAUUCAUGCAAGCUGGUGCUGAUGUGUUUGGACCCCAAGGUCUUCGAGGCGGGGCUACUUGGUGGACCGGCAACCGCAACAACCCACCACCCCAGCUCUCAAGCAUUGAUCGAGGAGGAUCCUGUCAGUGA